CUAGCUCAUAAAGAUGAAUUACAUUAGUAUUUCAACCUGGAGAACCCAUGGGUUUUAAAAUAAGCAAAUCGUUAAUAUUGUGCUAAUUGAAAUAUAAAUCUCUUGCCAAUAUUUCCUCUGAAUAGACACGCAGAACAGAUAAUGACAGCAGGAUGUAUGUGAUUCAGGCUGUAAAUAGAUGUCCAAGAUAUGGCUUGACAUACAAAUGUGAAAAAAUUACAAAUCUGUAACAUAGUUUUAUUAUUUUCAUCAUCACUGUUAUUAUUAUAAUCACAAUGUGGUAAGUCAUGUUUAAAUAAUCAUCAUCAUUAUUAUAAAUAUUGUAUCAAUUUGUACUAAAAGCUAUGUAAUAACUAUAACUACAGUAUUUGUUAUAUUAUAAUCUAGACCACUUGUAUCUUGUUAUCUGAUUCAGGCGCGUUCAUAACGCAACAACACAUACAGUAGAAAAGGCUGAUAUUGCUACCAGCUCUCACAGUCUCACGUCACAAUUAAACACAGCAGAAAGUGUUGCUGACAGACAGAGGGAAAGAGGUUGGACAUUUCUCACGCAGGAGACGUGUGAGGCGCGUUCAGAGGUUUCUUGAGUCGCGUGGAAAUGAGAGAGUAAUUAGUUAAUUAGAAAACGGUCGACUAAACUCACCCCUCGAGUACCUGCAUUAGCCAAUCACAGCUCAGACAGCCACAGGGGUGGGGGAGACGGCGUCUGAAGGAGUGAAACACUUGCUUUAGUUGGUUAAGUUGCUAUUAAACACCAAGACCUGGCUGUUAGUCAUCACAUGUGAUGUGAAUACGCGGAUAGAGGACUACAGAAACCAAAUGGACACUCGGAAAGCAUUGCAAUUUAAUAUUUUGUUGUAUCAUUUUAUUUGCUAAUAAUUUAAUCUCUUCAUGGUUCUUCAGAGAAUAUUUUACCAGAACUGUUACAGGUAGGUGAUAGCGAGGGGGUGAACAAAACUAAGGAGCCUGCUAUCGAAACGCAUACUAAAAGUACAUCCUCUCAUGUAUUUAUCAUUGCUCUGACUUAUUUUGGUUACGAGAGGGUUGCACUGGCAUCCUCAGAGUGACUUUUAUAACAAACUGAAACAUUUAUACAGAAGAUUGGAGUUGGAGCUGUAUGCGCUCUGACGCACAGAACAAGUGUACAUUGGCAGGUCUGACCUUUGAGCAGCUCGCGGCAGUUUUCCUGAUGAGAGUCGGUAUGGAGAAAUCGAAUAAUUUUCGAAUCGAUGCUCUGCUGGCCGACGAGACUCACCGGGCGAACCGAGACCUCUCCCCAGGUCUGAGCAGUGACAGCCCUGCGGGCAGCCCUGUGUCCUGUCGGCGAGCGGACACCCCGUCCCCGCGCAGGACGCCCAUCCAUCUUCAACCCGGGAUAAUCCCCAAACCGGGACUGCUGAACCUCCCUCACACGGGACUCGCCUCGCUACCCCAAAUGUACCCUGCCCCUAUGUACCCAAUAUCGGCUUUGGGUGGACAUCACCCUGCCUUCGCCUACUCCGGCUUCACACACCUUACCCAGUCGUACCCAGACCACCUGAAGGCGGCUGCCAUGGCAGGGUCUCUCCCCCUGGAGCACUGGAUCCGUGCUGGAAUGAUGAUACCACGUCUCCCAGACUACAGUUCACCCCAGGCAGGACUCCUGGGGAAGUGUCGUAGGCCCCGGACGGCGUUCACCAGUCAGCAGCUCCUUGAGCUGGAGAACCAAUUUAAACUCAACAAGUACCUGUCCAGACCCAAACGCUUUGAGGUGGCCACCUCUCUCAUGCUGACUGAAACACAGGUGAAGAUCUGGUUCCAGAACCGCCGGAUGAAGUGGAAGCGCAGCCGCAAGGCCAAGGAGCAGGCAUCUGCGUCUGCCCAGUCUGAGGCGGAGCGACUACGCACCGGGGGAAAACCGACCAAAGGCAAACCAGCUGAGAAUAAACCAGCUUCCACUCAGGAUGACGAGGCAGAGCUAGACCUAGAAGAAGCAGAGGAGGAAGAGGAGGAAGAGGAGGAGACGCGACACAAGUUUGAUGUUACCAUGGGUGGCGCCGUGGGGUUGCAGCGUUCAGCAGACUUUCUGAAGCUCACAGCGGAGCUUGGUUACAACCCCCACAGUCCCUUCUCUGAGGACGACUUAGUGGGGGUGACAGGGGGGGACAGGAAGAUAGGCGCAGGGUUGUGAAAAGACAAAGACACACCCAGAAAGGAAAACGCCAGAGACACUGCUGCUUGACACUGGCUCUGGGAAAGUGGGGGUCUAUAGUGUAAAAAGAGAAAAAAAUGACGUGCCAUUUCAAAAGCCUAUGACA